UAACCUUAUCACAAAUCUUGAAUCAGAAUCACUGCUCUCACUUAUUCAUCUUUAAGAAAACCCUCAAUUUGUCAACGUAACUUCGUUGAUUUUUCCCACCAAGCUAUGGAUUCUCAGCCGAACAACUUAUACGAAACGGCCUCCCAGCCCGACACCGGCAACGACGACGCCUACACGUUCUUGGAAUUUAACACGCAAGGGGAAGAAGACUUCAAUUACCCAGAGUUUCAAGAGCUCUCACAACCCAAUGCCGUUCGAUCUUCACCCUCAUCGUCAGUAUGGCCCACACCGUCCGACUCCAUAUCCGUCGACACCUCCGCCGCCGUCGACCACCGUUCUGAUAGCAACGCAUCCCCUGGCUCAGCAACUUCGGGGAAGGGCGGUGGUGGUAGGGGUAAUAAUAAUGUUAAUCAGGCGUCGGCGGUUGAUGCCCUAGCUGCAGGGAUGAGCGGGUUGAAUUUUGAAGAGACUGGCGAUGAUGAGAGUUAUGAGUAUGGAAAGGGGGAUUUUAUGGAGCACGCAUGUAGGUAUUGCGGGGUGCAGAAUCCGGCGUGUGUCGUGAGGUGUAACGUGCCAUCUUGUCGGAAAUGGUUCUGCAAUUCAAGGGGGAACACGUCUGGUUCCCACAUUGUUAAUCAUUUGGUACGAGCUAAGCAUAAAGAAGUAUGUCUUCAUAAAGACAGUCCUCUGGGAGAAACGAUUCUUGAAUGCUAUAACUGCGGAUGUCGAAAUGUUUUCCUUCUGGGAUUUAUUUCAGCCAAGACAGAGAGUGUGGUUGUUCUACUUUGCAGGGAACCUUGUCUUAAUGUGAAUGCGCUGAAAGACAUGAAUUGGGAUCUGAGUCAAUGGUGUCCACUUAUUGAUGAUAGAUGUUUCUUGCAGUGGCUUGUUAAGGUUCCAUCUGAACAGGAGCAGCUGCGGGCACGCCAUAUCAGUGCUCAGCAGAUCAAUAAGGUGGAAGAGCUUUGGAAAACUAAUCCUGAUGCUACGUUGGAGGAUCUUGAGAAGCCUGGUGUAGAUGAUGAGCCUCAGCCUGUAGCCUUGAAAUAUGAAGACGCCUAUCAGUAUCAAAAUGUGUUUGCCCCACUCAUCAAGCUUGAAGCCGACUAUGAUAAAAUGAUGAAAGAAUCUCAAAGCAAAGACAACCUCACAAUACGGUGGGAUAUUGGUCUUAACAAGAAGCGUAUUGCAUAUUUUGUUUUUCCAAAGGAAGACAACGAAUUGCGUCUUGUACCUGGUGAUGAGUUACGGCUGCGGUACUCCGGGGAUGCUGCUCAUCCAGCUUGGCAGUCAGUUGGACAUGUGAUAAAACUCACUGCACAAGAGGAGGUGGCGCUUGAGCUUCGUGCGAGUCAGGGAGUUCCUGUUGAUGUGAACCAUGGUUUUAGUGUUGACUUUGUAUGGAAGAGCACAAGUUUUGAUAGGAUGCAGGGUGCAAUGAAAACUUUUGCAGUGGAUGAAACAAGUGUCAGCGGGUAUAUUUAUCAUCAUUUGUUAGGCCAUGAGGUUGAGUUUCAAAUGGUCCGUAAUGCAUUACCUCGCCGUUUCGGUGCACCUGGUCUUCCGGAGCUUAAUGCAUCUCAAGUUUUUGCUGUAAAAAGUGUCCUUCAGAAACCAAUAAGUUUGAUUCAAGGGCCACCAGGCACUGGGAAAACGGUCACUUCUGCCGCAAUUGUUUAUCACAUGGCUAAACAAGGUCAAGGACAGGUUCUGGUAUGUGCACCUAGCAAUGUGGCUGUAGACCAACUCGCGGAGAAGAUAAGUGCCACUGGCUUAAAGGUUGUAAGGCUCUGUGCUAAAUCAAGGGAAGCUGUUAGUUCACCUGUUGAGCAUUUAACCCUUCAUUAUCAGGUUCGCCAUCUUGAUACAUCUGAAAAGAGUGAACUUCACAAGCUGCAGCAAUUGAAAGAUGAACAAGGGGAAUUAUCCAGCAGUGAUGAGAAGAAGUAUAAAGCCCUGAAGCGGGCUACAGAACGGGAGAUAUCUCAGAGCGCUGAUGUUAUCUGUUGCACAUGUGUUGGUGCUGGAGAUCCCCGGUUGGCAAAUUUUAGAUUUCGUCAGGUGCUUAUUGACGAAUCUACUCAAUCAACUGAGCCUGAGUGUCUUAUUCCUCUAGUUCUUGGGGCAAAGCAGGUUGUUCUUGUUGGUGACCAUUGCCAGCUUGGUCCGGUUAUCAUGUGCAAGAAAGCAGCUCGUGCAGGGUUAGCUCAGUCACUAUUUGAGCGACUUGUGGUGCUUGGUGUCAAACCAAUUAGAUUGCAGGUUCAAUAUCGGAUGCAUCCGUGCCUUUCGGAAUUUCCUUCCAAUAGUUUUUACGAAGGUACCCUCCAAAAUGGAGUGACAAUCAAUGAAAGACAAUCAACAGGCAUUGAUUUUCCCUGGCCUGUGCCCAACCGUCCCAUGUUCUUUUAUGUCCAGAUGGGUCAAGAAGAAAUUAGUGCUAGUGGAACAUCCUAUCUUAAUAGGACAGAGGCUGCAAAUGUCGAAAAAAUAGUGACCACUUUUUUGAGGAGUGGUGUAGUUCCAAGUCAGAUAGGGGUUAUAACACCGUAUGAAGGCCAGCGCGCAUACAUUGUUAACUAUAUGUCAAGAAAUGGUGCACUUAGGCAGCAGCUUUACAAGGAAAUUGAGGUUGCAAGUGUAGAUUCAUUUCAAGGUCGGGAAAAAGAUUACAUCAUUUUAUCAUGUGUGAGAAGUAAUGAACAUCAGGGUAUUGGAUUUCUUAAUGAUCCACGCAGGCUUAAUGUUGCACUUACUCGUGCUCGUUAUGGUAUCGUCAUUCUGGGAAAUCCAAAAGUUCUUAGUAAACAACCACUAUGGAAUGGGUUACUGACCCAUUAUAAGGAGCAUGAAUGUUUAGUUGAAGGCCCUUUAAACAACUUAAAGCAGAGUAUGGUGCAAUUUCAGAAGCCAAAGAAAAUAUACAAUGAUCGGAGGCUUUUCUUUGGUGGUGGACCUGGUAUUGUAGCCAAUGACAGCUUUGGAUCUGCUGCUUCUGGAAAUCCUGGCAGCGAUGGAAGAAACGGUCGUUCCAGAGGUUCAUACAUGCCACCUGGACCACCUAAUGGUACUCAUAAACCUAGUUUGCAUCCUGCCGCAUACCCAAUGCCCCGGGUGCCUCUUCCACCUUAUCAUGGUGGUCCUCAGCCUUAUGCCAUACCAACUCGUGGAGUACAUGGACCCGUUGGCGGUGUUCCUCAUGUUCCUCAGCCAGGUAGUCGGGGUUUCAGCGCUGGUCGGGGGAAUGCUGGUGCUCCUAUUGGCAGCCAUCUACCGCACCAGCAAGGCUCACAGCAACCGAUUGGUGCAAGCAUGGGGUCUAACUUUAACUUCCCUUCGCUAGAAAAUCCAACUAGCCAGUCAUCAGUUGGUGGUCCAUUAUCUCAACCAGGAUAUGUUUCUAAUAUGACUCAAGGACCGGGACAAACAUUUCGUGAUGGGUUCUCGGUUGGGGGCAUGUCACAGGAUUUCUUAGGUGAUGAUUUUAAAAGCCAAGGGUCACAUGUUCCAUAUAAUGUUGCUGAAUUUUCGACACAGGCUUCCCAAGGUGGAUACACUGUUGACUAUGCUAAUCCAACGACCCAGGGAGGGUUUCCAGGAAGCUACUUGAACCAGAAUUCUCAAGCUGGAUAUUCUCGUUUUGGUACAGGAAAUGACUUCAUGUCUCAGGACUACAUGGGUCAUGGUUCUCAAGGCUUGUUUACCCAGGUCGGAUUCAAUGAUCCGUCACAAGAUGAUGCUUCACAGAGCCACUUUGGUGUCCCCCCUACAAGUUCUCUGCAGACACAGAAUUACAUGAAUCCUCUAUACUCCCAGCCAUUUGCACACUAUAACUCUCAACCUCUGAACAUGCAAGCUCCUCAACAGCAACAGCAGCAACAACAGCAGCAGCAGCAGCAGGGACAGGGGUCCCACUACAACGGAUGAGAAAUGAUCGGAACUUUUCCCAUCUUGUGAAGGGUCAUAGUCGGUCCUUGCGUCCAGCCACUUGAUUUUUGCCUCCACUACAUUUGACCAAACUAUAUCUACCCCUAAAAUCAUUAAAGUCUGACAAAUAACAGAUCUAUAUCGAUGAACAACCCCAAAACCCUUUUGGAGGAUAUGAUGAAUGAUUCUUGUGGUGGCAAACAAUGGGCUGAGGAAGAGACGGACAGACCCCAAAAGAUUCGGUAAAAUGUGAACAAACUGGAAAGAGAGCACCGGUUUAUGAUCUGGUUUUGUUUCGUGAAGGGUUGGUUUGUUUUCCGGAAAAAAAGCAAAAUGGAGUGGUAAGAUGAAGCAGAUAUAGAAAUAUACAGAAGCAGGUGGUACUCUGAUAUUUUGUACAGGAGGCAUGCUUAUGGUUUGGUUUGGUUUGGUCUAACCCUUGUGCGUUACAACCGGGACAUGUACAUGUGCGAUACUUGUUUUUAGUAAAAGAAUAUCGUGAACAGAUGUGCUAGAAAACCUAAAACGUAUAGGUGUGUUUUUUUGUUUCUGGAUUGGAUUUGUGUUUGAUAUCAUCGUGUUUAUGGCUUUUUGAACGCUAUUCGUCUUGA